CGUGGAGGUCAUGCUGUGCUUUCAGACAACAGUGGGAUUCCUGCUGGGUCUCAUCAAACACUCGUUGACCGCCGCUGACUCACUGUCCUGUAUGGGGUCUUCAGCUUUUAACAUCUAGACCACGUACACACACUGAAGACUGCACCGUGUCAAACACCGUCAAGAUAAUGAUUUCAGUGGGGGUGCUGCAUCACAAGUAAUCUGGGAAAACGGUCUACUUUGAAAUCAUUUUCUCUCGGAAAUUGCUAGUAGAUGAUAAAUUGAAUUACAUUUUACGCUUUUAAAGAGAAAGACCUAUUUGCAUGAUUUUCAGUAAAAUAUUUAAUUUAAGGGCGAGGUAGAAAACUAUGUAAAAUAUGAAAAAUUGUUGAUACGACAACGUAUUAACCUAUAAGAAUUACUUUCAGCGUACUCAUUUAAACUUAUACUACACCAUUAUAUGCAUCAAAGUUUAUGGUUUUUAUAAUAAAGAAGCAAGUACAGUUGUGGGCUUUCUGGAAUAGGCCUAUGCUGCGAUAAAAAGUCAAAUAUUGUUGGAUCUUCUAAAUGAAUAAAGGCUAAAAUGAGAUCAUAAAUAGUGUUUUUAAAGCCAUUUCAAAAGUCGAUAACUGCAGUUGCGUCAGGUUUCUUUUCUGCGUCUGCUUUUUUUUGAGAAAAAAAAAAAGGUACGGACUCGUGGAUUGGUUGUUAUUUGGAUGCCGAGUAACUAAAUGUUAAUAGAAUUUAAAAUUAAUAUGUGGUCACUGUAAAAAUGGUUUUCUCUACAUAAAAUUAAAUAAAUAUUAGUGCACGUUACGAAAGAAAACGCCACUUAAAAAAUGCUACUUAAAUGUUACUUGAGGCGUUUAUGCAAUUUCUGAGAGAAAAUAGUUGUUAAAUACGUACGUUCAAAAUAAUCUGUUGCAAUAAAAUGGAAACGUGCGUUUAUAAUUUUGAGUUAAUGAGCCUGAAAUCUGAAAACCUAUUUCCGUUCUGUCAGGACGCGUCACGUGAAACCGUAGAACAAUUAUCUGAAGGUAACGAAACACAUCUCUCUUUCAGACGGCUUUAGGAAUGCCCAUCAUUCCCUCUGGAAAUGAGAACGGAGAGACUUGAGUCAUCACGUUUCAACACCGGAGUCAUUUGGCCCCAUUUCCUCGGUCUGCAGCCCGUCCCAAUGACGCGCCGCACGCUGACGCCGCGCUCCAGUUAGCGCCUGCUUUAUGUGCUGAGCGUCUGACCUCCUCUCAAUGCAUCGGAGAAUACGUUUCUCAGCGCUCGAGCGAACGAUAAGUUGGGAACCGGCAUAAAGGAAGGCUUUCACGUCGAAUGAAGUGUUAUGCCUUUAGGGUGCUGACGUCCUGGGACAGUGGCUGACAGUACCUCUGUUGUUUGGAAAUGUUCUUUGGCCCGUUACUCAGUAACCGCACAUGAUUCAGUCUGAAAUCCAUCCCCUCCGCUGUCCCUUAUGGCCUUAUAUAAGUGACUCGCUAAUAAAACACUGUAGAAUAAUUUCCCAGAAGUCCAGCAUUCCUCAAAUGUGCUGACUUUAAAAAAAGAGGAAGGGAUUUUUUUUUUUGUCCCAGAUGACACGUGACUUGAUAUUUUUAGAGUAUUCAUUUCCUGCGUAUUGUGUCUUUUCGUAUUGUGUUACUGCAUUCACAUCAGUGGUCGGUUGUAUCCUUCUAGUCCGCUUUAUUGAGCUUUAUCGAAUACUUACGGUUAAAGAGAUGAACUUUCUGUCAUUUUGCGCCAUUCCAAAACCCGCAGGACGCUCUUUGUUCUGUGGAAAUACGAAACGAGUUCUUUUGAGGAAUGUCUCCGUACGAUAAAAGUCAGUGGUGACCAAAAUGUUAGUUUACCAAAAAAUCUCUGUACCCAAGCGUUCAACUUUGGCAAAACUCUUCAUACGGUUUCAACAAAUCGUGCGACUUGCACAAGGAGAUAUUAUUUAUUAUUGAUUAUCACUUGGCAAGCGAUAAGUCCUAAGAACGUCUAUAUGCCUACUAUUGACAAGCUCGAUUGAAGCACAAACUACUUUUUGCUUAAUGGAGGAGAUGAGCGUCAUGAACUUCAAAUGCUUUUUAAAAUCACCUUUUCAGAGCCAACUGCUUGUCAAAACUGGUCGGCAAUCAUGCAUAAGCAUCGUCGGCGGCUCCACAGUGGCCCCAAAAUGUAUUUUGCGACGCUUACUAACGCCUGGAUUUGGUUGCAGAUGUUUUGAAGAACGUGUCAUUGGUCGCGUGAGGUGUGUGCUUGUAGGGCAAAGCAUUUCUGUGCCUCCUAACGCUGCAGAUAAUGCUGCCAUGUAGGAAUGCUUGGCUCGCCGAGCUGGUCACGUGAGUCGUUAUCCAUCACUUCACUUUCCUCUUCACAACAUGGUGGUUUGGUUUGGCCGCUGGAGCUCUCUGAAGUGUCUUCGGACGGGCCUGUCCGCAUGAUGCGCCGAUCUCCAGGUUAACCGCAUGUUGUUGUGUUUAGCCUAUAAUAGUUUUAUGCAUUAUUAUUCAUCGGGUUACGUAAUGCUUUCUGAUUUGUAAGAGGAAUGAUUGUUGGUGAAUAACUUAGAUUUUGGUCUGUUCAUCACACAGAUGAAUGACUCCCUCUGUUGGAGCCUAGCCUGCUUUGAUGGUGCUUUUUGCGUAUUUGAAGCAUGAAGAAAUUACCAAACACGAUUUUUAGGAACUGAAUGCCAAAACAAUAAACUCACUAAUUAAUUAAAACCUUUAAUUUAGCUUAUCCAUUCACUCAUCGCCUAAAAGACUAGGCUGAAUCAGACUCCUCCUUUUACGACAACACUGGACGCUUUAUCUCUCCAACAGACCACGUGGACUCUUCAAGUAGCCUAACCGUCUUAAAUUAAACGUCAGAUGUCAAAUUCACCAUAAUACGUAAAACGAAGCGCUGGAUUAUUUCCACAUGUCUCGUGGCGAGCAACUUCUCUUCAACUUUAAUCACGUGAAAUUACAGCGCAACCACACGACAGCCUUUACGCGUCUCUUUCAAGUGCAAGCUUUCCAAACCGCUCAAAACACCCCCCCAAAAAAGUCCGAUCUUUGUUAUUUAGUCUGCACGCGGACACUGUUUUCCCUCUUGGCGCGCUCGUGAACCGCGCCGCCGGUCGCGCGCUCGCUCGGUGUCGCGCGCGCUCCUUCAUUCACAGCGGGACUCGGCGGGAGCAGCUCGUUUUCUCUCAGUGAGGAGAAGAGUUCGCUAAAGGAGCCGUUUCAACUCUCCGUCGUCCUCUGUGGAGCAGACCUCGUUAGAUAUUAGAGUUUCGGUCGAGUUUUAGUCGUCUCCGAAAGUUUACACGAGUUGCGCUCGUUUACGUUUCUUUUCAGACAGCUGUUAUUUAGUUUCGUAGUAAAUGUGGCUUAUUUUUGUUGACGUUAUUCGCGGUUAGAUUUAUUCACUUUAUGAGGCGAUGCCGAUAGCUUUUUCGUCAAAGUAGCUUUAUCCGUCACGCUUGGUCACUAUAUUUAAUGGCUUUAAUCCGUGUCGUGUGAUGUUUGCUGUGUGGAAACCUAAACUCUUCACUUUGGCUUUUGCAGUUUUGACUGAUCUUACUAGCGGCUUCUCGCAGGUGAACGAGUUUGGACAGCUGUUCCCAAUCAGUUUUCCGUCCUCAAUGGUUUGACUAAUUCGCCGCCGCUGACAGAAGUCGCGAAAAACUUCCCUCCCGCGCGUUUCGGUUCGCGUUUGCAGUUGCGGACAUGGAUAAAUACGACGAUUUGGGACUUGAGGCGAGUAAGUUCAUCGAGGACUUGAACAUGUACGAAGCGUCGAAGGACGGCUUGUUUCGCGUGAAGAGAGACGCGGGAAACAACCCGGAUUUCGAGGAGACCAGAAAAGUCUUUGCCUCGAAGAUGACCAAGAUACACAUGCAGAAACAGCAAGAGGAGAUGGCAAGGAACAGUCUGGCGGCGAGGCUCAACGGAAGUCAUUCAAAAGUGACCGAUAACGCGUUUUACACCAAAGACAGGCCACCGAUCAAUAGUUAUAGACAGGGUGGAGAAACGGCAGCCAAACCCCCCAUCAUGUCUGGACCAACGGUUGUGACCCCGUACGUAUCUUACGAAGGACAAAAGCUUUCGGCCGGCUUACCUGAUGGGUCCGGCAACAGGGCUUAUGAAAUGAAGGAGGCUGUGAAUGCUGUUAACCCCAUACCAGUGCCAGCCCGAUCAGCACCUUCUACCAGCCCCACUAGCACAUGGGCGUCAAGAAGCGUUUACCCGCCUCAGACGCCAUCAUCUCCUUUCUCGAACAGUUCCUCCUCGUCUAGCUCACCUGGAGCGGGUCAGAGUUAUUCUCCGUUGUCUCAAACGGGGAAGUCUCCCUCUCAUUCGCCUACAGGAACAUACAGGGAUGCAUAUCACCAGCCUCAACAGGUUAGCUCUAGUCAGCACUGCCAACCAGUCUCUGCCCAGUGGCCUAUCAGCGGACCGGCAUAUCAAAACGGGGGAGCUCAUAAUAUCGGCACCCCCUUCCCUAUCCAGGUGACCCAACCUCCGUUGUUCCUUGGAGGGAAGCAAGGUAGCCCCGAAGGAAGCCCUGCUCCAAGUAACCCAACAGUGCCCGCUUCUACCCCUGUUGAGUCGCCCCAUGAAGAGUCUUCCCGGGCGCUCAAGCUGCCAUGCCAGACCCUCCAUGUACAGACAGAUCAGGGGCCAUCUGCGGCUGAAAUAAAAUUAGAAGCUCUAACCGAACGCCUGGAAAAGGAGAUGGACGCCCAGCCAAAGGCUGAGUACUUUGGCAGCUGUGUGAAGUGCAGUCAGGCUGUGUAUGGAGCGAGCCAGGCGUGCCAGGCCAUGGGCAGCCUUUACCACGACAGCUGCUUCACUUGCAGCGCUUGCAGCCGAAAGCUCAGAGGAAAAGCCUUUUACUACGUCUGUGGGAAAGUCUUUUGUGAAGAGGACUUCUUGUACUCUGGAUUCCAGCAGUCUGCUGACAAAUGCAACGUAUGUGGACAUUUAAUCAUGGACAUGAUCCUGCAGGCGCUGGGGCAGUCUUACCACCCAGGCUGCUUCCGCUGCGCCAUCUGUAACGAGAGUCUGGAUGGAGUGCCUUUCACGGUGGACACGGAGAACAAGAUCUACUGCGUGAAGGACUAUCACAGAGUUCUUGCCCCUAAAUGUGCAGCAUGUAAUCAGCCCAUCCUGCCCUCUGAGGGGUCAGAUGAAACCAUUCGAGUGGUUUCCAUGGACAAGGACUACCACGUGGAGUGUUAUCACUGUGAGGACUGUCACAUGGAGCUGAACGACGAGGAGGGUCACCGCUGCUAUCCUCUGGACGGACGCCUGCUGUGUCACGCCUGUCACCUCAAACACAUGGACCCGGCCGCCCCGCCGGCUCCAGCAGACAGCUUCCACAGUCGGUUUUAAACGUCUGCCUCCCCCUUGUGGGUGUUCAGAGACAUCACCUUUGCCAAAGAUGCUCGGCUGUCGCAUUGCCAAGUCACAGACGAGAUUGAGACACAUUAUUAUGUUCAAAUUAUUUACUGUACGGUUUUCUUUUCUUUGCAUUUAAUAUUUUGUUAGAUUGGAUUCAAAGAAAAUAGUUUAGCCUUUCUUGAAUAAUAUAAAUGCUGUCAGCAAGUCA